GUGGAAAUGAAACCGAAGCAAGUAACAAAACUUUCUGAGAAAAACAAAGAAAAAAAGAUAUGGCAGCCUUGUUCAUAACCAGAAGUACCCUCUUUCGCUUCUCAAAGUCUCUCCCUCACGCCCCUUACCUCUCCCUCAAACCCUCUAGGGUCACCUUCGCUUCCUCUCCCAACUCCUCAGAGUGGAGAAAUGCGGCAGAUGGAACGAAAGACGCAAGACGCAAUUGGGCAUAUGAUUCUGCAGAGCCAAAGCGCAAGACAGAUGAUCAAGCGCAAGAAGCGAAAGACAGAGCCAAAGAAUACGCACAAGACGCGAAGGAGAAGACGAAGUACGCAGCGGGGUCAGUGAGGGAUAGUGCGGAGAGCGCGAAAGAGAAGGCGAAAGAGUAUGCGUACGAGACCAAAGAAAGUGCAAAGGACGCAGCGGGAACAGUGGCGGAGAAGGGUAAGGAGGGGGUGGAGAGGACGAAGCAGAAGACGGAGGAGGUGGCGGAAUCGACCGGAGAGACGCUUAAGAACGUGGGGGAGAAGGCGAAGCAGGGCGUGCAAGGGGCGUGGGACGCGGCGAAGGACACCACACACAAGAUUAAGGAAACCUUGGUUGGGAAGGAUGAUGAUGAUAAUGAUGGUCAUGGUCAUGGUGAUGGUGUUCUGAAGGAUGAUGACGAUGAUGUUGCAGGGUUGAAGAGAAGAGUUGGGAAGAGUUAUGGUGAAAAGGGCUAUUAUUAGAGAUUGAAUGGCUUACUUUAAGUCCGCCGAGAAAUGCAUGCGAAGAAGGAAUAGGAGACAGAAGAGCUGUUAGAACACAUGAUUCUGCAGAGACAAGACACGCAUGGCAGACGAAAUGUCCGAGAGCAACAAAAGAUGCUACAGAAUCAAUGUCUCAGUUUAUAGUCUUCACUUCUCAAUCUUAAGUGUGUGUUUCGAAGGAAAUUUUUGGGGAAGAACUUCUUUUUGGCGGCCCACGAAGCCAAUUGAUUCCAUAAUUCCUUAUCUAAUCCGUGUUUAUACGUUAUCAGACUUUAAAAACGAAAAGUUAACUAACUGUAUAUAGAAAA